AUGGCGUCGGAGCUGGCUAGCCUCGCCUUGGUCUCGGCCGCCGUGGCCGCGGCCAUGGCCUACGCGCGCUUCGCCGCCUCGCGCGUGGUCCCCGGACUCGCCCGCCUGGCCGCGCUCCUCCCGGUGCUCCUCGUCCUCCCAGUCCUCCCCUUCACCUUCUCUCCCAUCCUCCUCCGCACCAUCUCCGCCUUCUUCCUCGUCUGGCUCUGCGGCUUCAAGCUCCUCCUCCUCGCCGCCGGCCACGGGCCCCUCCACCCGGCCCUCCCACUCGUCCGCUUCGUCACCUGCGCCGCGCUCCCCAUCAAGCUCCGGGACAGAGGCCCGGAGGAGAACUCGCGGCGCCUCCCUCCGGAGUUCCUCCUGUCCUACGCGGCCAAGGCGGCCUCGUUCGCGGCGCUCAUCUCGCUCCGGCGCGUCCGGGCGCGAAUGCCGGCGUACGGCGUGGUGGCGUUCGACGGCGCGCACGUGUACCUGAUGCUGGAGCUCUUCAUGGCGUCCGCCGCGGCGUUCGCGCGCGCGCUGCUGGGCGCGGAGCUGGAGCCGCAGUUCGACCGGCCGUACCUGGCGUCGUCCCUCCGCGACUUCUGGGGCCACCGCUGGAACCUCAUGGUGCCCGGGGCGCUCCGGCCGAGCGUGUACCGGCCCGUGCGCGCCCGCCUCGGCGCCCCCGCCGGGGUGCUCGCCACGUUCCUCGUGUCGGGCCUCAUGCACGAGCUCAUGUUCUACUACAUCACGUUCCAGGCCGGCACGGGGGAGGUCACCGCGUUCUUCCUCCUCCACGGCGCGUGCGUGGUGGCCGAGCGGUGGUGCGCGAGGCAGAGAGGGCUGUGGCGGCCGCCGCGCGCGGCGGCGACGGCGGCCACGCUGGCCUUCGUCGCGGGGACCGCGUCAUGGCUCUUCUUCGCGCCCGUCACACGGAGCGGCCUGGACAAGGCCAUCGUAGCCGAGUGCGAGGGGAUGAUGGCGGCCUUGGAGAAGCUGGCUGCAGGGGCGGCGCGCUUGGUGUGGUCGUGA